AUGGGCUUGAUAGCUAUCCCUAUUCUGUACCCUUACGGAAACAUGCCCGCCAUCGAUGCUUGGUUCUUUGGUGCCAGUGCGUCCACGGAAUCUGGCUUGAACACUAUCGACGUCAAGGAUCUCAAGACAUAUCAGCAGCUCUACAUUUACUUCAUCCCUAUCUUGACCAAUCUGGGCUUCAUAAAUAUUGUGGUAGUCAUCGUGCGCCUCUUUUGGUUCAAGAGGCACCUAAAGCGUCUUGCUCCUCAAAUGCUUGGCAACAGCACAGGCAUAACUGAUGUCGACAUUGAGAGUACUCACAAUGAACCGAAAGUCCUUGCUGAUACAACUGAGAACUCUGCUGAAGCCACUGAUGAGACGAAUGGUAAGGCUAAAGCGACAGAUGACCUCGUCGAAGAGGAUCCUACAGUUGCAAAUGAAGACAGGCGAGUUGCCCGUACCAUGACCAUCACCUUCGAUCCAUCCACCGAACAGCACAAGGAUGACGAUGCCCUCUACAUCCCUGGUCCGCGAGCUCGCGAUCGCGACGAUGCAAUCAAACCUGUACCCAGCAGAAAUCAGAAUGACGGAAGCUUCUCCAUGCGUCGCCGCCGACGCUUCAGCAGCGAUGACGGUCUAAAAGUCACAGCUUCCCGCUCCAUGGAUCGGGCUGCGGGCGUAGCAGCCUCCCUCCUGGUUUUGGGAUCACAGACCGCGCCUCAGCCACGGCCCAUCUCUUCAGACUCAAACCGACAGCCUGCCAUCAACGACGUCCCAUUCCUCUCACGGCAAGCUACCCUCGGACGGAACUCGCAGUUCAAGAACCUCACAUCCCAUGAUCGAGAGAUUCUCGGUGGUAUCGAGUAUAGAAGUCUGAAGCUGUUGCUGAAGAUCGUUGUGGUUUACUUCUUUGGUCUUCAUAUCUUUGGUGCGGUUUGUCUCGUCGGCUGGAUCCAUACUGCUGAUAAGCACUACGCGGAUAUCUUGCAGGCAAGUGCGCAGGAUAAGACUUGGUGGGGCAUCUACUCUGCUCAGACAAUGUAUGAUAACUUAGGUUUUACUCUCACACCGGACUCCAUGAUCUCAUUCCGCACUGCCAAGUGGCCCAUGAUCCUGAUGAGCUUCCUCGCAUUCGCUGGGAACACGCUCUAUCCCGUCUUUCUGCGCCUGAGCAUCUGGAUCAUGUCAAAGCUGGUACCAAGGACCUCACCUACACAAGAGUCCCUCGCAUUCUUGCUCACUUAUCCUCGUCGAUGCUACACGUUGCUCUUCCCCAGCGGCCCGACAUGGAUCCUCUUCGGUAUCAUCUUUGCUCUCAACUUCAUCGAUAUCCUUCUCAUAAUAAUUCUCGACCUCUCCAAUCCCGAAGUUUCUUCCCUUCCGCUUUCUCAACGCAUCCCAGCCGCUAUCUUCCAGGCUGCAUCAGCGCGCCAUACUGGUACCGCCAGCUUCAAUCUUGCAAACGUCAGUCCCGCUGUGCAGCUCAGCUUACUGAUAAUGAUGUACAUCGCCGUUUUUCCCAUCGCGAUCAGUAUUCGUGCAUCGAAUGCUUAUGAGGAAAAGUCCCUUGGUCUUUGGGAAGAAGAGAAGUCUCUGGACGAGAAGCACAGCAAAACUUAUCUCUUGACGCAUAUGAAGAACCAGCUUGGCUUCGACCUUUGGUAUAUCUUCUUGGGUACUUUUUGUAUCUGUAUUUCUGAGUCGACAAGGAUCGCAGAUGUCAACGAGCCUCGGUAA